AUGCUAGACUAUGUGGAUGACGUGCUGUACUGGCUGCCGUAUGCGCUGCUUGCGAUUCCUACCCUGUUGCUUCUAGUUGUUGCAGCUGGUCUACGUCGAGGGAUCUUCCGUGACAGCUUGUCGUCUUGGUCUUGGCGCCAUAUUCUGUCAUUCGCCAGGAUGUCAGUGCGCGACUCGCAGUUUCUGGCCUCCAUGGAGGCGGAGGAGCUGGUUGAGGCAGCGCUGCGUGCUGCUGGUUGGAAGCACGUGUUUCUUCGUCGCCGCGUGCACGUGCAGCGCCUAGGGCACAACCGCGAGAUAGACGUCGUUGCUGUGGGUCCGGUUGUACUCGUGGUGGAGGUGAAGCACUGGCGGGGCCAAGUGUGGUGUAACGGGCCACGCUGGUUUCAUCGCUCGCAUGAUUCUAAGCGUGCCUUGGAGUUUGAGGACAUUCAGGAAGACAACCUGGUGAAGGCGGCAGCGCUGCGGCGUUUCAUUGAAAACAGCAGACGUAUCGCACUCCCAGACCACCAUUCGGUCACCAGCGGUAUCUCGUCCACUGGUGACGCGGGGUCGAAUGCGUCAAGGGAGCAUGGCACAUGGUACACAGACCGCCAGGUUCACAAGCAGUGCGGUACGCUUGUCGUGCCAGUGGUUGUCUUCACAAACUCCGCAGUGGUGCUAGACCCCAGCACUGUCAAGCAGAAGGACUGUGUUUUUGACCUCCUGGGGUUCCAGGCGUAUGCAGAGCAACUCAUGCACGAAGCGCGUGGGCCGUCAGUUUUUAGGGGGUUUUGGGGGGACGGUGUUGUGCGCUCGUUGUGUCACACCCUUUUCCACCCUACGAAAGUUCCUCUCUCACUGUCGCUGUCAGAGGAAAGUCGGGUUGCCAGUGCCAUACGGACGAUGCGUACGUGGGAUAUGGUUUACCUUCACAAUGGCUCUCUUCUACAUGGAGACGUCACCGAGAUCUGUCUCCCCACUAUUCGUCGACAGUUCGAGCGCAAGCACGUGAUUGAUGUUCAAAUCAACUGGUUUGAGGGCAUUGGAGGGUUUCUGCGGAGCCUUUGGGAAGGCGGUGGGGGAGUUGUGCGUGUGCGACUCGGACCUGCCCAACGGUUGGCAAUUGGGCGCAGUGAAGUUGUGUUUCCCCUUACGCGAAGGAACAUCAGACGUAUGGGCUCUAACGAUCGACUAGAAAUGGUGCUGGCUGGCACAAAGGUUACAAAGACUGUAGCCCUGGCCGACAUUCGUACGUUGCACUUCAGCUCCCAUAUGGAGGAUUCGCAUAGUUGA